UGUUUUGUACGUGAGCGUCUCCAGUCAACGGUCGCACACGCCCAGCGCCUGGGGUCUCAAUACACGUUAACGUCCCCUGCCCCGCGCCCCCUACCGCGGUUAAAUGGCGUCGCGGGCACACCGAACCGUGCUGGCGGCACUGCCCGCGCGGGGGUCCCGGAACUGUUGACAUUCAGGGAUGUGGCCAUAGAGUUCUCUCAGGAGGAGUGGGAGUGCCUGGACCCCGCUCAGAGGGCCUUGUACAGGGACGUGAUGCUGGAGAACUACAGGACCCUGGUCUCCCUGGGUGAGGAUAGUUUCCCUGCAGAGGUUGGGAAAUGUUCUAGGCUAUCUUUGUGCUUCUUUCGGGAGGCGCUUGAGAGUCCCUGCCCUGUUUGACUGAGAGUGAAGCCCUGUUGAUCCAGAAAUGAAAAGCUUCACAAUGAGGUGUCUGGAUUUGAAGUGCCCCCUUUCUUCCGAUGAUGUGCUCACUACAUGCAGGUUAGUGGUGGCGCUAGAAGUUGAGGAGACACAGGACUUUAUGUCAAAACUUUAAAACAUCGGAUUGCCUGGUUUUACUCCUGUACUCUUGAUUCAGUAGUUCUAGGAAGAGAGCUGGAUAUCUGCAUUUGUCAAACAUUCAAGCAUUUGGAAGAUGUAGGACGGUCACUGAACAAGUCUGUGAAAUGCUAUUCACAACCCGCCUGUGUUGAAUGUCCUUGGUCUCAGCUGUCCAGGAACUGGGAUUGAUUUAUGGAAAAGCUGCAGGACACCAUCUACCGGUUUCCAUGUCAGCAAGACCCUCUUUCUGAGCUGAAUACCAUCUCCACUGUGGAGGAAGGAAGAGCCUUGCACGGCCAGGAGUGGGGUGAAACUAGCGGCAAAACCCAGGUGCUGGACAACUUGUGUGGUGAACUCUGCCAUGAGGAGUUUUACUGGGUAAAAGAACAUUCUGCAUGGAGAACACUUAGAUUUAGAUGUCACAGCAGCAUCCUACUAAGUGGAGUUGUGCCCCCGAAGCACCUGAGUAGAGUGGUGAGCAUGUUCCAGGAUGCUGGCAUCUAGUGUAGCAUGGGAGCCUGGCGUAGGGCUCCAGUGUCCUUCCAGUUUUUGGAGAGUCUCAAAGGUGUCCCUUGAGGGCACUGGGGCGAUGGUGAUAGAGUUCACUGAGGAUCAUCCCCCUUGAUUUGGCAUGAGCAAGUACAGGAAUUUAUUGUGAGGAGAUCAUUGCCUGCCUUCAUAACCCCAUCUAUGAGACUGUUGACCAAAUUAUUGUUCAUGCAACAAUGUUCAUUCCAUGUGUAUACCCUUGUUCCUUCUUCAGCAAAUAAGAUUUGAUUUAUUGUGUUGAACGAAUUUAUGAGUUCAUGAUGCCUACAUUAUUGACCUCUACCCUAUUUCUUUUGUUGAAAAUGCUGUUUACUUUGUUCUUCAGGUUUCCGUGUAUUAUAAAUGAACUUGUUAUUUAAAUAUAUAAUCAUUGGUUAUGUAUUUUUUAUGACACCCAUAAGUGUUCUUUGUUUUGUAAUUGUAAUUUGUUGGGCUGUUUGACCAUGGAAUGAAUAUUAUUUCAUAUAAUUAUAAUUUGUUCCUGGAUGUUAAGGGUUAUGGUGGAGCUGUUAUCCAAAAACCUAUAAUAACCUCUGGAAUUUGCUAAAAAUAUCAUCAUAGUUAUUCUUCCUACAUCUGUUUUGCUUGAGUUAAUACUUGUCUAUUAACAAAUACUUUCCCAUAUGAAUGAAUUUGGAUUUUAUUGGAUAUCUGGAGAAUAUUGUUAUUGUUAUAGUGACUGUAUUUGUCCCUUAAAUAGAAAGAAAUGUAUCUAUAAUUUGUUUUAUAAGAUAUUUCAGUUUCUCUAUAGUAUAUUUUAAGUUUUCUAAACAUAAUUUGUUGGAUUUGGAUGAAUUUUACAGAGUUUUUAUUUCAGUUAAAAUGUUUUAUUUUAAAAAUCAUCUCCCUACCUAGGUUCACGAUGUAAUUCUGGGUAUACUGAACUAAUCGUUAAAUAUCUUAUUUUAUUUAAUAGGAACAUAGCCAAUAUCUUGCAUUUCAUAUAGUUUUUCAUCACUGUUACUUAUGACACAGAUUUCCACACAAUUUUUCAUGUUCUGGGAAUCCUGUUAUUCAUUAAUUCAUAAAGAGUGCUUUGUUCUUAGCUAUUCUCUUGUUCUCUGGCUGUUAUUUGUUCUUAUGUUGUUUGUCACCUCUGCACAGCCACCUCCUCCACUGAUUUCCUGGAACCAGCAAAUACUGUUUUUGUCCUUAACUGCUACUUAUAAAACCGCCUUCAUUAGAAGUUAUUCCUUGCUCUUGGUCACGUGAUCCUUAAGGUUCUCUGUUGUCCACUAAUAAUCUUUGUGAAGUCACGAUUUGUUAAUUUUGGGCAAGUGUACAUUAAUUUUCAUUUUUUCAUGAGAACUUUUAGUUUAUCGAUACAUAUAAUAAAAACCCUCCUCACCUCAUCUCUAUUUCAUGUGUGGAAUUACAUCGAGAAAUCCAGUGAUAGAGUAUCAGGGUAUUAGGGAAGGCCAGCUUAAGAGACACUGUUAUUUUUAUAUGUUAUAAACACACUUAGCUUCAAAAUUUUCACAUAUUAAAAUUGGAAAAUACCUAUUUUUACUUAUUUAUUCUCUUAG